GUAAGGCGAGGAGGAGGUGCACGAUUAUCGGCCAUCCUUGCCUAGUAGAAACUCAUUUACGACGUCGGUUGUUGCGCUGGGUAAACAGCACCGCCCGGUGCUUGUUUGUUUCGAGAGCUUGAACGAGCCAUCGCGACGCGCCGGGCUCGAUUGACACUGUCUGCUGAUCUGCUGGCAGUCCAUCGCUCGCAAUAACAAGGCUGCACGCUAAUUCCCUCUCUAAAGAGCCUCCAAAAAGCCCACAGGGUAGGCAAGAACAACGCGCCGCCGGUGCCAGCACCCCGCUAUGGCUUCGGGAGACCUUUACGAGGUGGAGCAUAUUGUGGACAAGAGGCGGAAUAAGAAGGGAAAGUGGGAAUACCUGAUCAGGUGGAAGGGCUAUGGAAGUAAAGAGGACACAUGGGAGCCAGAGCACCAUCUACUACAUUGCGAGGAGUUCAUUGAUAGCUUCAACAGCUUGCAACGACAUUCGCACAAACAGCCUCAAAUUCCCAAAUGCAUGACCAAUGGGCACCUUGCAGAAAAUCCCAGAGGUCGGUCUGACGGACGAAAGAAGAAAAGUACUAGUGACAUUGCUGUUGGGGUUCGAGGAGGUACGGCUCUUGGGAUUGGAAGUAGAGGGUCAGGACAUGUUAACAGGCCAACGAAUUGGGUCCUAGGGCCUGGAAAACAUGCACAGCAGGAUAAAAUGUGCAACUCUACAACGUUUAAGACUCCGCCAAUAGGCGCCCCUCGCUUUUUGGCUCAAGUGAAGAAAUCGCAUAAUGGACUUCUGAAUGGAAAUGGGGAGCCGCAUGUUUACAGGGCAGCUUCAAGGUCACAUAGAGCACUCCCAGACAGAGUGGAUGGAGGUCUGGAUGAAAGAGGUACUACUGAUUUAGGCUCCCCCCUGGCCAAUGGCAAGAUGCAUCUGCAGAGCUCAGUAAAACGCAAGCUGGCAGAGGAGAAGUGCUAUGUGUUUGACAAGCGGCUCAGGUACAACGUGCGACAGAACGAGAGCAACUGUCGAUUUCGGGACAUCGUAGUGCGGAAGGAGGAUGGUUUCACACAUGUCCUCCUUUCUAGCCAAACAACGGACAACAACGCUCUGACGCCGGAGAUCAUGAAGGAGGUGUGUCGGGCUCUAGGUAACGCGGCAGCCGAUGACAGUAAACUGUUAUUACUCAGCUCUGUGGGGACCAUCUUCUGCAGCGGGCUAGAGCCAUCCUACCUGAUGGGCCGUCUGUCCACCGACCGCAGGAAAGAGAGCAGUCGCAUUGCAGAUGCUGUACGGGACUUUGUAUUGGCAUUCAUACGCUUCAAAAAGCCAAUAGUGGUGGCGAUCAACGGGCCUGCCUUGGGCUUGGGAGCUUCCAUCCUGCCACUGUGUGAUGUAGUAUGGGCCAGUGAGAGAGCCUGGUUCCAGACUCCUUGUGCGGCCCUCCACCUCACCCCCUCCGGCUGCUCCUCUUACACUUUCCCUCAAAUCCUUGGUGUGGCUUUGGCCAAUGAGAUGCUUUUCUGUGGCCGAAAGCUAACAGCGCAAGAAGCUUGCAAUCGAGGUCUGGUGUCACAGGUCUUCUGGCCCACCACAUUUAAUCAAGAAGUGAUGUUACGUGUGAAGGAGAUGGCAUCAUGUAAUGCCAUGGUUCUAGAAGAAUCCAAAUGCCUGGUGAGGAGCAUCCUCCUGCGAGUUAUGGAGGAAGUAAAUGAGAAGGAGUGUCAGAUGCUAAAGCAGCUGUGGUGUUCCACAAAAGGGCUAGAGGCGCUCUUUAGCUACUUACACAACAAAACGUGUGAGAAGUGAACUCAAACUACAGAAGCAGUUUAAAUGUAGGCCUUUGUUUCCGCCCAUCAGCAGCCAAGAAGUCUGGGAUAGCGUUUGCUCCAAGUUCUUGAUCUGGUUUUUAAAAGACAUUUUUCAAUUGGACCGUCCAGGUGUUGAAUCUCCCUUUAAGAGGUCAACGGAUCAAAAAUGUGAACAUUUGAAUGAACAGCAGGGAUCUUGUGGGGGGUACUGUGUCUAUCUGUACCAAAGUGAUAAUUAAUCCUCAUUUGAGGGGUUGCCUCAUUACGUGACAAACAAUGAUAACAUAUAUGAAUGUAUAUGUACAGAUUCAAGUGUGAAAGUGAAAUCCUGUAUAUAAGAUCUUUAUUUUUAGUUGCCUGCUGUUUUUAAGUGAAAACCAAAGCUUGCAUGAAGACUGGUUUCUUUAUCCUUAACUUGUUCAUUCCUCUCGGGAUACUUACCUACAGUAAAUGAUGAUGUUGUCAGCAUAUCAGUUCCAGUUUUUACCCUAGAUAUGAGUGUUUGUGGACAAAAUAAUUACGGUAACUGGUAAUUUAUUAAACAGUUUAUCAAUUUAAGUUGGAACUGUUGUUGAAGUAGAACAAUAUUUUGUCGGCCAUUUGAAGUUAAAGAUGGUCACCUUUUUUUUUUUUUGCCAAGAAAAAUGAAAUUGGCAUUUAUUGCCAUUCUCUACAAUCAAUUUUGAAUCAAUCUGUAAAUAAUACGUCAUCUCCAAAGCACAUUGGCAGAAUAAACACAGUCUCAUGAUCAUUAGCAAAUUAAAUAAAGACAAAGAAGAAAACAUUGUAACUCACGGCCAUUAUAAUGUCUGAAAACUGCAGCUGACCAAAAUUUACAGUGUGUAUAUGACAUACAUACAUAACAGAACUGCCACUUUUAAUCAUACUCAAUAGUCUCUUUAUGCAACAUCUCCACGAUGGUGUUUGUAAACAGCAAAACAAAACGUCUGGACAUAAAAGAGGGAAGAUUCAUUAUAAUAGCAGGCUUUCCCCCCACUCCUUUCUUAACCCAUACACCAGGCUGAAACCGUGCAACAACAACAAAAAAACUAUUUAAAAAGUAUACAAAGUUUAACCACGUCUGGCAGUUCGUUUUAAAGUGUAUUGGUGACACCCCGUGGUCAAUAUGUGAACAAACCUGUCCCAGCUCUCUGCCAUUGCAAUGAAUUGCAUUCUAUUUUUAUUUGUUGGUUAAAACUAUUUUACAACUGUGUCAUUUUGUGAGAGACGAAUUGUAAGUAUUGUUAAAUUAUGGAUUAUAAUAACACAUAAUCAUAUCUUCUUCCUGUCAAUUCAACAUUUUCAUGUAUUUUUCCCUAAAACAUGGUGGGCCACCGGUGGGCUUUACCACCAGCUUUGGAGUUUUUUUUUUUUUUUUUUUUAAUUGUAAUACAGUACUUAAAUACAGUCAUACGGUAUACAAAUCAUCAUUAAUUUUAUCAAUGCUCCAUCAAGACAAGGGAGCUCCAUAGUUAUAAAACAUAAAUGCCAAUCAUUUAUCAAGAUUUGUAAUUUUUUGCAGUUCAACUAUGUGGAAACAUGCUCAUGCUCAGACAUUUUGAAUGGGAAAUAAUUGUUACUAGCCCUUCCAGUCAAAAUGAAUUGGCCGUUUAGGGCCGUCAAUGGCAGCUAAUGAGUUAAGUAUCGACCCUUUUUGUCGUUCUCAAUGCAAACCCUUGAGCACGCUUGGAGGAGUUUGGUGCAGGUCUUGAUCAAACGCGUUUAGGGUAAUUAGAACAACCAGACUGUGACUUCUAACUUCACAAAUGUUCUGUGUAAAAUUCCUAUUGGGACACUUCAAAAAUCUUCGAACAGCGGAUGCUCUUUGAGGUUGAAAGUGAGGGGAAUAUUUAUGUUUUUCUCCCAUUUUCAUUUCUGGAUAGAAUGAUGUCCCAAUACUUUUGUCUAAAUUACCUUCUGUGAUAUUUAACUUAAUUUGCUUACUGACACUUUUAAGAUUUGGUGGAGCAGGUAAGUGACAUUAUUGUUAAAAUAGUGACACAAGCAUGAACUUUGGUAAAUACAGUAUAGUAUACGCUUCAUUUCCCACUGUAUUGCAAUUACUACUUGUCAUGCAAAAUUCCAAGAUGGCAUCCCGAAAAUCUAUGCUUAAAUUCGGUCUUUUGGUUAUGGUUCUUUCCAUUAGUUUAUCAAUGGAUGGAAAACACUGGAAAAUAGAAAUUUAGAGAAGGCUUGAUUACGUUAAAUCAAAAUUAUUUAAUUCACAGCCUGUAGGGUAAGGUAAACUAUUCACUGGAUUCCAACCCAUUUUAGGGAGGAAAUCUGUCAUCAAACUAUGGCUUCCAGGUUUUAAAGUGUGGUGUGAAAUGUAUGACUAAUGUACAAUCGCUAUAUUUAUGGAAAGAUCACAGACUUGUUUUGUUCUGAUUGUCGUGUAAUCAAAUUAUGUUUUCACUAAUCGUCAGUGCUCGGUGUUGUCAGAAAUUUCUGUAUGGUCAUGUGAUGACUGCCGAGAAACUCUAUUUUGUGUCAUAUUUAAGAUUUAUUUUUGUUUUACCCAAGAAUAUAUGAGAUGUGAAAAAUAUAUUGUGAAAAUAAAAUGCAGUACAGCUCUAGAAAAUGCUCCCUGACAUAUGUGUAAUUUGUUGCAAGUGAAAUAUUGUAAAUAUGCAUAUAUGGCUUUUUAUUUUGGAGGGGAUGUUUUGUACUUGGAUGGAAAGGAGCAUUUGAAUAUGUUGUAUGUGGAUGUUUAUUUUCGUAAUCAUUCAAGAACUCUAAGUAACCUUUUAGUAAUGAUAUAAUCAAAUAUAUUGGAGAAAAAAGGUUAGAAGAGUUGCUAGAUUUAUAAAUUAAGAUGUUCAUUUUAGAUAUUGAUAUGUCUGAUAUCAAGUGAAUCAUGAUAUAAUAGUGUAAUAAUGUUUGCUGUUGAGGAGAGCAAUUAUUUGUCAAAUUGUCAAAGGUACAGCAAAUCAUUUCGUUUACAAUAUUGUGUUUUAUUGAGGUUUUGAGCAAAUUCUUAAUUUAUAUAUGAACAUUGCAGAUGAACGAUUUGACCACUA